CGCCUUGCAACCUCCAGACAGCUUGUUCUGUUACCUGGCGUUCCGCGGCCCGACUCUCAGAUCAGAUGGAAUAAAAAAAACAUACCCAGAGUCAGUCUGUAAACUGCAGCCUGCAGAACAUCAAUCAAAACCAGACUGUGAAUUUCAACACUGCAUCAUCGCCAGCCUGAGAGUCCCACCUGUAUAAACCAGCCCGUGAACCUCAACUCCGUAUAAAACUGGCGUCUGAGCAGCUGUGACGCCCCCCCCCCGCCAAGUCCUGCAUAAACUAACCAGAACCAAACUGGUAAAAACCAGCCCGUGAAGUGAGCAGAAACCUUCCAGCUGUGGUCGGUAAAAUCCAGUGGUGGGCAAUUGCCCCGAAUUGUGCACCUUGCCGAGUGCCCGCGACUAUGAGAUUGCGGAGGAAAGGGGAUCUCAUCUGCACUGCUCUCCUGCUUUCAGCCCUUUGCACUUUGCUCUACAUCCAUGUUGCCCCCGGGGUGGACAAGCACGAGGCUGAAGGGAAGUCUGUGACCAGGAGCUACAUUACAAUGCCAACACAAGAAGCGGUAACCCAAACGGCCUCCCCCAGCGCAGGGUCAACGCCAGAGAACAUCUGCCAAGAUCUGGAGAACGGACGAAUUGGGGCGGCAACACCUCCAGCCACAGACCUGCUCCCUUGGAGCUACCGCCAAUAUCAAUGGCAGAAGGACUGCCGGGAUUUCAGUCAGAUCAUUAACCAGGAGGACAAGUGCCGCAAGGUGAACGGGGAGCCGCUGCUGCUGGUCUCCAUCAAGUCAAAGGCGGAAGAGUUCGAGCGGCGGGAAGUGGCCCGGAAGACCUGGGCUCAGGAAGGCCGAGUCCGCGGGCUGCACGUCCGGAGGCUCUUCCUCCUGGCCAUCCCCACCAACCAGAGCGCCCUGGCCUCCUGGAGCCGCCUGCUGGAACUCGAGAGCCAGGUCUACCGCGACAUCCUGCUGUGGGACUUCCAGGAUACCUUCUUCAACCUGACGCUGAAGGAGAUUCACUUCCUCAAGUGGCUCGACCGGUUCUGCCCCACCGCCGAGUUCAUCUUCAAGGGCGACGACGACGUCUUCGUUAACGUGGAGAACAUUGCAGACUUCCUGCUCGACGCCGACCCCAUGGAGGACCUUUUCGUUGGGCACAUUAUUGACCAGGCUCUGCCCAUCAGAUCCAACAGGAGUAAAUAUUACAUCCCCGAGAUGAUGUACGGUUCGGGCGUUUACCCCGUCUACGCGGGUGGCGGCGGCUUCCUCAUGAGCGGACACACGGCCAGGAGGCUGUAUGGCGCCAGCAAGGAGGUGGACCUCUUCCCCAUCGACGACGUCUUCCUCGGCAUGUGUCUGCUCCGGAUCGGCCUCAAGCCCCAAACCCACAAAGGGUUCCGAACCUUCGGCAUCGUGCGGCCGUCCGCCGCCCCUCACCUCCAGACCUUCGACCCUUGCUUCUACCGGGAGCUGAUGGUGGUGCACAGCCUGAAGGUGCCCGAGAUCUGGCUGAUGUGGAGCUUGCUCCACGACCCCAGCCUCAACUGCGCCCGCAAAGAGUCGGCCAGGCGCGCGUUCCGGUGGAAAGCCAAGAGAAAGGCGAACCCCGGCUCGGCCAGGAAAACCAGGCACUGACGGUGGGGGUGGAGGAGACCCUCCCACCUCAGCGGUACGGUCCCUCAAGAAUUUUUCCAGAAGAUCUAUACUUGGAAUGUUUUAACUGUUUUGUACGAUUUACGCUCACCAGUACUGAUGGUAUACUGGCGUGAGCGCAUUGAGAUACCACUGUGAAUAUGUUCUUGAUAAUGUUAAUUUUGGUAAAAAAAAGCUGUAAUUUCUACGCCGAACUCUUAAAGCGUCUUUAAUUCGAGUGGAUAUGAAAACCAAAUCUUCGAACUCGUUUUUUUAAUUAAAUGGCUGACAGUGUUUACACUACCAUAAGUGAUCUCUAUAUCAGCAAGACUAACAAGAUCCAUGGAAGAUCCAAAACAAUCACUGAACAGAGACCGACUCCCUGAACUAAUAGAACCAGCUGAUGAAAUGCAUGGCAUACUCGCAA